UCCGGUUACUCCGGAAGUGAAGACUCCUAAGCUCCUCCGCCGGCGGAGGGCCAGGUUGAAGGGAUGGCCGGGCGGACAGCGCGACUGGUGCUACUCGCUGGGGCAGCCGCGCUAGCAAGCGGCUCCCAGGGCGACCGCGAGCCGGUGUACCGCGACUGCGUGCAUCGGUGCGAGGAGCGGAACUGCUCGGGGGGCGCACUGAGGCACUUCCGCUCCCGCCAGCCAAUCUACAUGAGUCUAGCAGGCUGGACCUGUCAGGACGACUGUAAGUAUGAGUGUAUGUGGGUCACUGUUGGCCUCUACCUCAAGGAAGGUCACAAAGUGCCUCAGUUCCAUGGCAAGUGGCCCUUCUCCCGGUUCCUGUUCUUCCAAGAGCCAGCUUCUGCCAUGGCCUCUUUCCUCAAUGGUUUGGCCAGCCUGGUGAUGCUCUGCCGCUACCACACGUCCGUGCCGGCCUCCUCCCCCAUGUACCCCACGUGUGUGGCCUUCGCCUGGCCCCAGCCCAGGCCUGGACAAACGGCAGCCACAGGACUCCAUGUAGAGCUCAGCCUGGUCCUAGACCAUCCCUGAGAAACUGAAGUAUGUUGCGUGUGAGUAUCCAGAGAGGGCCUGGGAUUGUGUGAGAAGCAUGGACUAGGGUACAGCUCUGAGCCGUGACCACCUUGGGGAGGUUGUGCACGUAAGAGGUUGCAAUCAGAGCCCCCACCCUAAGCCUUAGGGAAACUUCUGUGCUCACUCACCUGCCUGCCACCAAAGCGGCCAUCCGUCCAUGCAUUGAGCACCUCCAAUGCGCCAGCGCUUUGCUGGGUGCUAGAGAUCCAAAAGUAUAUAAAAGCAGACGGGGUGCCUGGCUGGCUGGCUCAGCCGGAGAGCAUGGGACUCUAUCUCAGGGUCAUGAAUGCAAGCCCCGGGCUGGGUGCAGAGCUUACUUUAAAAAACAAAACAAAACAGGUUCCUACCCUCCGGUCAUCACCACACAGGCACACACAAUUGAAUGUGAAAGUACAAGUCUGGAAAAGUGCAGUGGAGGGGAUGUGCUGUAGGGGCGUGAGAGGGAGAACUAGACCAGACCUGUACCGGGCAGUCAGGGAAGGCUUCCCUGAGGAAGGGGCCUUUGAAGUAGGAUUGGCAUGAUCCAUGAGUGUUAGCUGGGUGAAUUCAGGGAGAGUAGGAAUCGUCAUCUUUGCGGAAGGUGUGGAAUGUGCACAGGCAGAAGAGGGAGGGAACCUUGAAAGGCCGGGAGGCCUGCCGUACAGGAAGCCAGGGAGUGGGUGCGAGACCGGUGGGCAGGUGGGCAGUGAGUGAGGCCGGCCCACACUUUAGAUCUGGACCCUCAAAGCAUCAGGAAACCACAAGCGGUGGAGAGAUAGGAGUUUCCAGAUGGAAACCAAGGACUGAAAAGGUAAAGUAACUUGCCCCAGGAGCCAGGGAUUGAACCCAGGCGUCCGGCUCCAGAGUCUGCACUCUUGCCAUCUCGGCUGUGCUGACAAGCCUCAGCAGUAGGGAGGAGAAGGGGUCUAGGAUGGCGCCCCAAGGGGCCCCCAAAACAUAAAGGUUAGACAGAGGACGAUGAGCCAGCAAGAGAGACUGCAGUGGCUGGAGGGGUAGGUGGAAAACUGGGGUAUUGUGUGGUUGGGAAGCCCCGGGAACAGGAACAGGAAGGAACGGGUAGGCCGUUCCCUGGAAUUCUGCUAGACAGUGACGAGAACUGAAGGACGCCCCUGGAUCUGGCCACCCCAAGGUCUCUGAGGACCUUAGGAAAACUGGUAGCAUGGGGGUGCUGAGAAGUCCAGGCUGAACCUCAGACUUAGGGUCCUGACGGGGAUUGGAAGGAGGGAAGGGGGGAGGCUAUUAAGCCUCUGGGAGAUGUCAACCCUCCCUAAUCUUUUCUAUUUAACAAAUAUUAAUGGUAAGUGUUAAGAAUUACAUAAUAGGCAUUGUCCUAAGUACUCUACAUAUAUUUUCUCAUUCAAUCCUCAUUAUACCACUGCAAGCUCUGAAUAAGGCUCAGAGGGGAAAAGCCUUGUCCAGAGUCAGCCCCUCACAAGUUAGUGACUGGUGGAGACAGGUUGGCAUCCAGGACUGGCUCCAGGGCUGUAAGAGCCCUUAGCUCCUUUUCUGGGCUGUCUCCAUAGACUGGUAAAUGUCUGUUGAGCAUUUGCCGUGGGUAGACACAGGGGUCAGCACUGGUGGGGACUGAGGCCCCUGCCCCAAGAUGCUGAGCCACGGGGGAGGUGCAAGUCCAGCUGGGCCGAGAGGCCGAAUGUAGGCAGAGCCCUGGGAGCAGUAAGGUCGGGAGGGGGACUGCGUCCUCUAAGUGGAGAAGUCUGUCGGAGAAGUCUGUCCCAGAGAGGGAGAGAGGCUCUCUCGGCGACUCGGGCGACUCGGGCGACUCGUGGGCCUGAUCAGGCUUAGAUACAUGCAAAUGAGGGGAGAGGAGGUUGGAUUUCUGCAUCUCAGGCUCGGGGCACAGCAGGAGUGAAGGGUGGAAGGUGGAAGAGGUGGGGCCUCCACAGGCAGCCUUGGAAAGGUCGGCCUGGCCCCAGUGUGGCUGGAUGAAGGGGACUAGAGGGAGGUAAGGUGGCACAGAGAGGCCCCAAGUGCUGAGGGGCAGGGACUCUUGUGUAAGCAGGGGCCUGGCAUCCGCAUACCCUGUCCUGGGCAUGGGUGGCAUAGAACCACCACUUCCUGUUUAGGCCUCUCUCUGAGGAGGGAGGUUGGUCCUGGCCAAGAAAGCAGGAAGGGCAGAGAAAGUGAGGAGGGUACACCUGUCUCCUUUCCCUUGGGGUUCUUCCAGGGUCACUGUUGUCUGGGCCCACAGCCUGCAGCCCCCGCCCCCACCCCUGCUAGAGAGCACUGGACAGCCCGGCCUGAACUCGCUGAACAGAGCUGAGCGCCUCCUUGGAUAGACCCAUGGGUCUGGUGGGACCUCAGAGGGUCCCAGCCUUUGCCACUGGUCACGUUACAACUCUCGUCUUGAUCUCCCUGAUUCUUGGGUCUUUCGUCUCACUGGUAUCUGCCACUCAGCUUCCUUCUUGGUGAGGGUCAGGCCUCCUGGUACCCCGCAGUCCAGUCUGCUGAGGACCCUUAAGGACAGAGCGGGAGAGGUUAGGUUGAGAGAGGGCAGAUACCAAGGGGCUGUGCCUGAAGACAGCCUACUGGAUAUGGGGUUCUAGAAUAUGGAACCCCCACAUGCUGGCACUAGGUUCUCGAGGGACCGAGUCUCGGUGCCCACACACUCCCUUUGAUUUUACACUUGAUCUUUACGCUCGAUCUUUAGUCCUGGGCGCCUGUGUUUACAGGAGGAAGGGAGCCUGAGCUGAAUGGAGGGUGUGGCGAUGGACUUUGUCUCGGGCUGGGUCUUCUGGAGCGAGUGGGGCUCCUGAUUUCUGUUGGGAUAGGAUAGGAAGGCCUUUCCCAGGUUAAGUCUUGGGAGAGUUGUCUCUCUGUCUUUUCCCCGGGGAAGUGCGGAGACCCUGCCCCAGCAGAGCUGAUGAAGCUUUGGCACGAGAGAGUAAUCUCUGCCUUGACAUCCGACCCGGCUCGGGCUGGGCAUCAGCCAGGCUUUGGGUGAGCCUGCCAAAGCUCUGCACGGCACAGACCUUUGACUUCUGGAAACUGGGGGGCUCUGCUCUCUGCAAAGCCAGGAGCCCAAACCAGUUCCCCACCCUUCGUCCAGUAAGGAAAGGUCCUCAGAAGUAGAGGUGAGAGAGUGAGGGUGCCAGGAGAGCCCAAACUGUCUCUGCAGGAUGAUUGAUGCAGGUGAGGACUGACUGUGUUCUCCCUCUGCCGCGGAAACCAGGAGAAGAGACAGGUUGAGCCUACGGCAGAAUGAUGGUUAGACUUCAGGAAGGACUUCCCACUGGUCAGACAAGAGCCAGUGCAACAGGCAAUGGCAGGAAAUCAAGAAAUCCUUUUUGAUGGUGGAAAAAGCUAUCUUCCUCCCAUCUCCACCCGCCUCUUCCCCUCUUCGCUCUCAGGAGUGAAGUGGGGGCAGGGUUGCCCUGCCCGAGGCAGGGGGUGAGACACAGUGGCCUCUGGGGAGGGGGGGCCAGGAUGGCAGCAGGCGUCAUAUUUAACAUUCUGCCUCCCCCACUUCUGAGACACCGAGCUAUUUAAAGACCCACAUGUCCCCACCGCCACGGUGUCAGUGACAGCCCCAAGCACUGGGGCUUAGCACUGGGGUCGAAUUCCUGACAGAUCUGGCUCAUUUGGCAUCCAACCAGUUUCACGGCUGCGAUAUUUUUGUCUCAAUUUUCUUAUUUUCCAACAGACUGAAACAGCCUCCUGCUGUCCCUCACCCAGCCUUCCCUGUCCCCCUCCAUUUCCACCCUCGUUGGCACCCUGCCCCUGGCCUCCCCCUUUCCUCCGUGUUUACACAAAGCUCCUGGUGCCUGCUGGGCAGCCCGGGUGCCCUCCCGGCCUGUCUGAUUGGCUAGUUACCAUGGGGGGCCCCCCCCCUUUGACUCAAGCUUGGCUGAGGAGUCCGGGAGCAGCCACACACUUGUGUCUUGGAGCCUCUCCCUUCCUUCCACGUCCGUCUGUCCCCUUCACUUGGGUCUUGAUUGCACACUGCGCGUGAAGAGAAAUAGUAUCUCUUCAGUGAAUCCCCGGGGGAAACUGCCCUUCGUGGGAGACCUACUGUGUGCCGGGCAGCCGUAGCAGCUCCCGUUUACGGCUUCUUUUUGCCAGGCAUUCUGCAGGCAUCAUCUUGAGGACCCUCUUCCGCAGUGGGUGUUAGGAUGAACCCCCUUCGGUAGAUGAGACAGCUGAGACUCAGAGUUUUUAUUGGUUCAAGAUCACACAGCGAUUUCGGGACGGAGGCAGAACUUGAACCCGGGGCCCGUCUCGCUAUGGAGGCUGUGGACCUUCUGCCCCCUAUGUGAGGUGGGGUGGGCUUAGGCCGCCAGGGGGAGACCAUCUCUUUUCUCCACCUGGACUUCUUUGGCCUUCGGGGCCAGUGGGAGGCAGACUUGACCUCUUUGGCCUCGGGUCUGUGGAGGGAUGCGAGGGCCCCGUUCUGGUCAACAAAUGGGGAAGUAGAACACGUCACGUCGUGCCCUGCCCCGGGCCGCACGCCGCCCUCAUACAGCUCAUUAAACCCUCGUGAGCACUAUGAUUAUCCCCAUUUUACAGAUGAGAAAACGGGCACUGCAAGGCUAAAUAACUUGCCCAAGGACACACGGGAAUUGCAGGGCCAGGAUUUGAACCCAGGCCCUCUGACCCAGGGGCCUGCAUUCUUAAUAACACUUACCUCCCAAGUCUGAGGAGAGGGUCAGAAGACGAGUCCCUCAUAAUGGGACACUGCCCAGGGGAGAGGGGACUUGUCAGGGGUGCAGAGUCCAGGCUUCAGGUGGGUCCAUGUAAGUGGAAUGCACCCCGGGGAGGCAGGUGAACAGGGGACCAGGCAGCUCCCACUCAGCCCCAUAGAGCUAAGCCCAGGCCCUGCGCUGCCCCCCACCCCCGCUUCCAGUGUUGGAGCCACCACUUAGCUCAGUCCUCUUGUCACCUCUCCCUUCCUUCUGUGAGUGACAAGGUGGCCUGGUUGUCUGCCAGUCCCUGUGGCCUUCCCCUCCACCUCCCUCUCCUACUGGCUUCAGGGCCACUCUCCUCCCCGAGGGUGUCCCUAUUCCUGGCCUGCCCCGGAGACCUGGCGCAUGUGAUCUCCUGGCCCUGCCUCCAGCCCCAAGUCUGCCCCUCUCCCCACACUGACCCUGAGCAUCAUAGACUUUGUGCGAGCAGUGUCUGAGAAGCCUCCCCAUUCUGUCCCGUCCUCCAGCCUCCAGACCAUGCCUCAAGGGGCAGCACCAGGGAUGGGAGUGGAUGGCCGCCUUCAAAAGAGCAAGCAGGCCAACCUAGAAUAAUCACUGCUGUCAGGGCUGGAGGGGAGGAAGGAUCACUUAGGCUAGCCCCGAGUAGUCACAGGGGGAGGCUCAGGGCCACAGGGCAGGGCCUUUGUCCAGGCCAUGAGGAGCGUAAGUGGAGAGACUCAGCCUAGGACCCAGGCCGGACAGGCUUCCAUGGGGCUACCUGAGCCUCCAGAGACCUCUAAUGCUGACUGCCUUUGCACAGAGCCUGGCCUGCCUCCACCCCUUUGCUUUUCCCGUGCUCUCAUAAGCCCCUUUGGGCCUGCAGUAGGGAACCCGGCUGCUGGGGGACUGGACGGAGAGGUUCUUUCCUGCUUCCUCUGUCCCACGCCUGGCCAGUUUUCCUGCUGUCCUAGACCCAAAUGAGCAGCUCCUGGCCUUUACCCAUCUCAGGCAGGCUUGCCCCCCCCCACUCCCUACCUCCUACCCCCCCCCAGGCCAUCCCUCCCUAUCUCCCGUGCAUCCCAGGCCACAUACGCCUGGCUGCCAGUUUUUCCCCUUGACCGGUUGUGGCUGGUGUCCCAGCCCAGUGUAGGAACAUCUACCCGAGCCCACCCUUUUUCAGUGAUCUGGGCCUCCAGCUUCCACAAGGUCUAGGACUCCUUUGCAAGAUGUUUUGUACUAUCUCCUUGCAGUUCAUUUCCAGCGAGAAGGCCCCAGACGUGCUCCUGGACCCUUGCCCACCACAGCCCCUUCAGCCUUCCGCUCCUCCCAGGGCUUCGGAGCCGGAGCUGCAGACACUGGUCGGGCGGGUUGGGCCGGCCCACCCAGGAGGAAGCUGGGCUCCGUUGGCCAGCCUCCUCCUUAGAGACUUGGCCCCAGUGGGAUCAGUGUGAUCUCCCUCCCUCUCUUGCUUGCUUUGCUCAGGACACACCCCAAGCUGGCUCAAGCCCCUCCACCCCACCCACUUCAUUCCCGCCCCCAGAGGCUGAGGUCACUGGCUCCCCUGGCCCGGGUGGGGCUGUCAUCACCUGCCGGUUGGGGGAGGAGGCGAGGCCCCCCCGGGGCUGUUGUCUUAGCGAUUGAGUAAGCAGGGAACUUGGCUGUGCCGGAACUGGUUCCCUGGCCAGGCCGGAAUCUGUGGAGGCUGCAGCCCCCGUAGCCUAGGGGGCUCAGGGUGGGAGCAAGCCGAGGGCACAGGUUUGCUCCGUGGGCUCCAGGGGCAAGGGGAAGCAUGUUCCUCUGCACCACAGAACCCCUUCCCCCAAGGGGGACUCCUGUGAGUCCUCUAGGGCUCUUCCCACCUCAGGACCCCAGGCUUACCAGCCGCUCC